AUGUAUCAGCAAUCAUCAUCGUCGUCAUCAUCAUUUGGUAGUGCUGCAACAAAAAUUCAAGGUGCAUUUCGUAAUCAUCUAGCUCGAUUGAGAUUAAAAAAUGAAGUAACAUGGAAAAUACAUGAAAAACUUGAGUAUUCUAAUGAACAAACUGAAACAAAACUUAGUGAUAUGUUUGAAAAAUUAAUGAAAGUAUCCGAUAUACUUUCACCAUCUGUUACAAAAUUACUUCAAAAACCUGGAUUACCUCUUGGUAAUACAUUAUUUGAAACAAAAUAUACAAUAAAUAGAUUCAAUUUAUUUUUAUUUGAAGCUAAUUAUCGAGGACCACGUAUCGAAAGUCCAAUUAAGAGAAGUGUUUUUGUUGAUUUAAUUGAAGCUUUUCAAAAAGGAGAAAUUUUACAUGAAAAAUAUGUCUAUGUAAUUCUUCAUCAAGCCCGUGUUAUGCUUAAAACAUUACCAAAUGUGAAUCAUAUUAAUUUGUCUAAUUUACAUCAUAUAUUUAUUAUUGGUGAUCUUCAUGGACAAUUACCUGAUUUAUUACAUAUAUUUAAUGUGAAUGGACUACCUGCUACUGAUAAUCCAUAUAUAUUCAAUCAUGGGCGGCGCAAGAUCAGUUUUGUAGGGGUAGCAAUAAACUGUUAAAUGAGCUCUACUUUCUUCCCCUUGCUCAGUCCGAUGCAAAAAUUUUUUUUCAUCAGAACUACACUUCUCGAAUGUACUGCAUGCAAAGUUCGAGCAUUAACUCCUCUAGUAGUGCAUUAAACCAGCUUUAAUUAGUAUAUAAACUUUUUAUUGAGUACGUUUACUUCUUCAAUUUUAGUCUUCAAUCACUAUUAGAUGUUCACAAAUGUUUAUUAUUAAUAGGAAAAAAUACGUUCUUAUUCGAGAAUGAUAUACAAUUAUUUUGUUCAUUUUCAAAAAAAUUCCAAUAGCAUCAAUAUCAAUUUCAUAAUCUUGUUCAAACGAGUGUCCCAUCUUAAAUGGUCGGUUUUUGUAUUUCAGAUUUUAAUCUUUAAAAAUUUUUAUUAAAAAACCGAGUAUACCACAAGAUACAGCGUGAAAAGCUCUACAAUUCACAAAGCAAGACUGAUUUUGAUUGUGUAAUUUUUAUUUUCAAAAAAAAAGCAAAACUCCGUGAGAAUAAUUUCCAUUGUACCUAAAAGAUCAUUUUUCUAUUCCAAUGAGCAAAUCAUUUUUUUCUUAUUUCAUCCUUUUAUCACCUAAUUGGCUUUAUCGCAUAUACCUCAAGAUGCAGCGUAAAAAAUUUCGACAGUGUACAAAGUAAAAAUUUUUUAAUUGUAUACUUUGUGUUUUGAAAAGAAGCAAAAUUCUAUGAGACCGUUUUGCGCAGCGUCGAAAAUUGAUUGCACAGAAUUCCAUUUAUUUUGAAAAUACCAAGUCUACAAUUAAAAUAAGCUUUUCUUUGUAGCUGCAGAGAUCUUUACGCUGCAUCUAGUACCUGUUUUCUGUACUUUUUUAAAAUGUAUUUAAAGACUAAAAUAUGAAAUAGAAAAAUUGACCAAUUUAUUAUGAAACACCCAAUAUAUAUUUCGAGAAACAGAUACAUCAGGAUAGCAAUAAAUAAUUCCUGAAACUGAAAUUUAAUCUUCAUACAUAAAAUACAGAAUUACAUCGAAUAUAUGUAUGUUGAAUAAAGUAGUUUUACUCUAGAAUAUACAGGA